UUUGCAGGUGGCUGUCAGGCGUGAUCCCAAGGACUGCAAUGCCUGGGAGUCUCUGGGGGAGGCUUACUUGGGCAGAGGGAGCUACUUAGCAGCUCUGAAGUGCUUCAGGAAAGCAAGUGAACUGAACCCAGAGCUCCUGUACAGUGUUAGCCAAGCUGCAGCAGUUGAGCAGAUUCUAGGCCAAUAUGAUAAAGCUAGAGCUAGCUAUCAAGAAAUCUUAAAGAACAAGGAAGAUUAUGUUCCUGCACUGAAAGGACUUGGUGAGUGCUGUCUCAUGCUGGCAAGAUUAGCCCUUGAAAACUUUGCUGACAGGAAGGCUGUGGAUUACAUAGAGCAGGCUCUUGAAUCUUUUACAAGGGCAGCAAAGCAGCGUCCUGAUUUUUCCUGCCUGUGGAAACUGCUUGGAGAUACCUGCACUAGUGUGCAUGUUAUUUCACCAGCCAAAGUGAACGUUCAAGUUUUGGGAUUCCUCCUGGGUAAAAAUGCAGGCAAGGAGGUGCUGAAGAAAAGUGAGCUGCUCGUGCUGGGAGGAAGGUGUUACAGCACAGCUUUAAAACUGAUGCCUCUGCCUGGAACAUGGUGUGAUCUUGGAAUAAAUUAUUACCGACAGGCAGAGCACCUCACAGCAGUGGGCAGUGACAGGGAUGAGAUCAGUGAACUGCUGGCAAAGUCUCUGCAGUGUAUCAAAAAAGCUGUGAGGCUUGACAGCAAAAAUCACCUCUCUUGGAAUGCACUUGGUGUAGUAGCUUCCUGUAGCGCUAUUGAGAAUUAUGCUCUUGCUCAACAUGCGUUCAUCAAAUCUGUCCAAGCUCAGCAGUUCAAUGUUGUUGCCUGGACCAACUUGGGGGCUUUGUAUCUGACAACAGGAAACAUUGAGCAAGCCCAUGAAGCCUUCAGCAAAGCCCAGGCUCUGGAUCCUUCUUACACAGAGUGUUGGAUUGGGCAGGCUCUCAUUGCAGAGACAGUGGGCAGCUAUGACACUAUGGAUCUCUUCAGGCACACCACUGAACUUGGUAUGCAUGCUGAGGGAGCAAAAGGCUAUGCCCACUGGGUAUGUUCAACCCUGCAGGAUAAAAGCAACAGGAACACUGAGCUGUACCAGUACAACAUCACCCAGAUGAAUGCUAUUCCAGCAGCCCAGGGGGUCUUGGCCAAAUACAUAGAGAGAGAUGGAGAGGAUGCCUGUGUUUUCACCAUGCUUGGUUACCUGUAUGAUUAUCUGCACCUAAAAAGGCAGGCAGCAGAAGCCUAUGAGAGGGCAGCUUCAUUGCUGAAAAACUCUGGGGAUACUGAGAAAUACAACACAGCAAUGCAAAACUAUGGCAGGUCACUGUGUGCCAUUGGUCAGUAUGAUAAGGCCAUUGAGGUUUACACAUCAACACCUCUCCUGGAGUUUCAUGGCAUCCUGGGGCUGGCAUUAGCCUACUUCAAGAAAGGCCUCUUCAAAGAAAGUACUGAAGCCUAUGAAAAAGCCUUGUCUGUUGCUGAGUCUGAAGAAGAUAAAUCACAUAUCCUGACUGCCUUGGCAAUAAUAGAGUAUAAACAGAACAAAGUGGAUGCUGCAAAGACACUGCUGUUUAAAUGCUCACUAAAGGAACCCAGUAUAGAAAGCCUGAAGGCUUUGUGCACACUUGGGCUGGUGAAGCAGGACGCUACCCUCGCAACAGCAGCCCUGAAAGAAUUCCAGAAGCAUGAAAAACAGGAAGACAUUUAUGAGAGGUGCCUUAUCACAUCUGCUGUUCACACAUUGCAAGGCAGAAGUGUGGCAGUCCAGAGAGCGCUCUGCAAAGCAAUACACAGUAACCCUGACAAUACUGCCCUCUGGUUUCUUCUGUCUCGAGUAGUUCCACUGUAUGCAACACAAAAGGCAAAAGGUGGAGUUGUGGCAGGAAACAUCGCCCAUGUGCUUGAUGUAAAGCAUAGGAAGGAAGCCCUGGUGAAUAUUGCUGUUAAUCAGUUGGCAGCAGGAUGUCACAUGUUAGAAGAUAAGAAGAACAAUCCUCUGAAAAAUAUUCAGAAAGCAAUUCAUCUCUCUCCAGAUAAUCCUGCUGCCUGGGCAGUGCUAAUGGCAGCCUGUCAUGCUGAAAACACCGUUGCCAGUCUGAACAACACUGAGCCAAAGAGAACGGGUCUAGAGAUGACACUUGUAUCUACAGUUUCAGCAAAAACUGGAGACAGGAACCUUCCACAUAGCUAUAUCCGGGCGCUUGAGGACUGGUGUCUGUGCCAAGCUAUUACCAGUCUGCAGGAGACUGGUAAAUUCUCAGAAGCUGAAGCUCUUUGCAACAAGGGUUUAAAAAGCUGCCCUGGGAGCCCAUCUCUGUUCCUGCUCUUGAGACAAGUCCAGUGUGAGCAGCUGCUGCAGUCGCACCAGGAGCUGCCGGGCAGCGUCCUGGAGGAGCUGCGCAAGGCAGUGGUGAGCAGUGCCACCUCUGUGGCAGCCUGGCAGUGGCUGGCGAAAGUGUAUCAGUCUCAAAGGAUGAUGGUUGGAGCCGAGAUGUGUUACAGGAAGAGUCUGCAGCUGGCAUCACAGCAGGGCAGCUGGAGUGGGAAGCUGUCCAGCCUGCUCAGGCUCGCCAUGCUGGCGCUGGAGGUCUUCAUGGCUAAUGUUUCAGAUGAGCACUGGCCAUCCUUGGUUCAGGAAGCAACAACUGAAGCUCUGAAGCUUUCUCCUUGCCCUGUGGCAGCUCUCCUACAAGCACUUGCACAGUACCAUCGCAAGAUGGGUGCCAGGGACACCCGUCGGAUGUUGGAGAGAGUGGUCUACCAGCCUGGGAGCCCAGAGACCAUCGCGUCCGUGGCACGCUGGUACCUCCUGCAGCACCUCUAUGCCAAAGAUGACCAUGAGCUGAUAGAUGUGCUUGUAGAAAAUGCCAAAGCUAACGGGGACCAACGGCUUCUGGAACUAAACGAGGAGCUGUCAUCAAGUGCCUAG